GUUUUCCUUCUUAACCAAGAAUAGAUAAUUCGGUCCCUUGUUGGAAUGUUAGAAGCCUAGGAACAAGGAAACCUGAUGUUGGAAACCGUGCCCAGCGGAAACCAACGGAGGCGAUGAACACAUAGCUAUGACGACAUAGCACGGACCAACCUACUAACCAGGGAUAUAAACCAACACAAUUGACCAAAUCACGGUUCUGGUUUCCGUUACACAUUUCGUCCUCGAUUUUACUUAACUGAUUUUGACCUUUUGGAAAUAAAUCACAACCAUGUCUCCUCCGCAGCGAAAACAUAGAGUAGCCGUGAUUGGCUCAGGGAAUUGGGGCUCAACGAUUGCAAAAAUCGUCGCCGAGAAUACCAAAGCACACCCCGACAUCUUCGAAGAGGAAGUGCGUAUGUGGGUGUUCGAAGAAGACAUUCAGAUUCCCGAGUCCUCAAAACACCGCAAGCAGUUAGGCGACCAGACAUACAAGCUCACGCAGGUGAUUAACAAAGUACACGAGAAUGUCAAGUACCUGCCUGACAUCACACUCCCCGACAAUGUGGUCGCCAACCCUGACCUACCAGCAACGGUCAAGGAUGCCACCCUGCUAGUCUUCAACCUGCCGCACCAAUUCAUCUCCAAAACGCUGGACCAGAUCAAGGGCCACCACUUACCAUAUGCCCGUGGCAUCUCCUGUAUCAAGGGCGUCGACGUCUCGGAUGGAACAGUGACGUUGUAUUCCGAGCUGAUCAUGGAGAAACUGGGCAUCUACUGCGGUGCUCUUUCUGGCGCCAACAUCGCCACAGAGGUAGCGGCCGAGAGAUUCUGCGAAACCACCAUCGGCUACGAUCCUCCUCCUAUGGAUCUGAACAAACCCCACAGCGCCCCUGAAGACAACCUGAUCAAAAUUGACGUGCAACGACAAAAGAAGAGCAAGGCCACGCGCAUCCACCUCGAGCCAAUGCCGCAAGAAUACCCGCACGUGGACUCAACCUUGCUCGAGGACUUGUUUGAACGGCCGUACUUCCACGUCCACUGCGUGCGCGAUGUCGCUGCGGUUGCCCUAGGCGGUGCGUUGAAGAACAUCAUCGCUCUGGCCGCAGGCUUCGUCGUGGGGAAAGGAUGGGGAGAGAACGGAAAGGCCGCCAUUAUCCGUCUCGGAGUCCUAGAGAUGGUCCGGUUCGGACGAUACUGGUUCCCCAAGUCUGUUGAAGAGAGGACAUUUACAGAAGAGAGCGCCGGCAUCGCUGAUCUGGUGGCAUCUUGUAGCGCGGGCAGAAACUUUCGGUCUGCGUGCCAUGCAGCUGAGAAGGGAGUUAGUGUCGAUGAGAUCGAGAAGACGGAAUUGAACGGUCAGGUGUUGCAAGGGACUUCGACUGCCUAUGCGGUUAGGGACUUUCUUGCUAAGAAUGACCAGUUGGAGGAGUUCCCGCUGUUUGUGUCUGUUCAUGGAAUCCUUGAGGGCACUGCGAAAAUCGACGAUCUUCCAGCUUUGGUCAGUAAGAAGAGGACUGCGCGAUCGUAGACCUGCUGGGAUCAUCUUGAUAGAAAAGCCUGUAACGAACCGUAUAAGCAACUUGGGUAUAUAUUGCAAUCACUUGGUCCAUUUUCAUCUUGGCUGCCCGUCGUAAGCUCCAAUAUGUUUCAUCCUGCGGAUUAAACCCACAGACGAAGACUCGUACGACUAUGAAUAUUUUGCACAGCACGUAAAAAAGGGGCCCUCUUAAUCUGAGACACAAAAAAAGGCCCAAUCUCUGACUGCAAGAAUACCGUGUAUCGUGUGAUAAAAAGCC